CGCAGGAAGGCCCAUUCGAGGGCGGCCUGCGAGACUUGCAGGAAACGGAGAGUCAAGUGCAACGCGGCGCGUCCCUGUAGCUACUGCGCCUCGGCCGGAAUCAACUGUGUGUACACCACCAGCUCGGCCACCGAGACCCACUUCCAGGCCCUGAAGCGGAGAUACUCCGAGGCCCACGAGCGCGAGUCGACCUUCCGCGAGAUUUGGGAGCACCUUCGCGACCGCCCGCUGAAGGAGGCCGAGGAGAUCCUGAAGCGAAUCCGCCUGGGCUCGCAGCCCGAGUCCGUCCUGCGCUUCGUCCGCGAGGGCGACUUGCUCCUGCAGCUUGCCGUGGUGCCCGAGAGGCGCUACCGAUAUGUGUUUCCCUUCGUCCAGGAGAUGCCCGCCUAUCUAGUGCGCCCGGACAACCCUUACCUUGAUACGUGGAUACACGACUGGGCGCCAAACGGCGCCGCUGCGACGCGUCAACUUGAUCUGCCCCAGCGUGCUCGCAGCCGGGAAGGAGCACCGAGCUCAUAUUACGUGCCCUACCACGCCGCCGAGCUCGUCGAGCCCCUGCUCGAGACGGUGAAGCCGUCCGAGUGGACGAGGGUGUCAUCGGAUGACGUCCUCAUGCGCGGCCUGCUGGCGAAGUACUUUCUGCAUUUUUACCACUGGAUACCGUCCUUCCAGAAGGACUAUUUCCUGCAGGACAUGGCCUCUGGCCGCAAGAGCUUCUGCUCGUCCCUGUUGGUAAACGCCGUCCUCGCCGUGGGCAGCAUCGCUAACCCCGGCCCGGCCAGCAGAUGCGAGUCGGGCAACUUGCGGAGCUUUAGCUGCAAGUUCACGGCAGAAGCCAGUCGACUGUGGCAGAUGGAGAUGUCGAGCAAUCGGGUCCGCCUCACGACUCUGCAAGCGUCGAUAGCCCUGGAUGUUGCAAAGCUCCUCAAUGCGAUGGAAGUCCUGGCCCUCCCCUGCUGGAUCCGGGCGGUGGAGUUGGCGCAGCGCAUUGCACUCUUUGGUCCAGUCGACGACAGUCCCAAGCAAAACAGGAGGAAGAGCGCGGCGAGGACCUUCACAGCGUGGGCAUUGUUCAACAUCCAGAGCGUCAUUUCUUUCGUCUACUCAGAGGGGCCCAGACUCGAAUCGCCUCCCGCCGUCCCAUUACCAAACCCAGAAGAACACCCCGACUUUUAUGGCCAGAUCUGGGUGAGGUAUCCGGCGGACCCUCGGCUGUACACCACUCACUUCCCCCAGCACUUCUACGCAGAGUCGCGGCUGCGCGUUAUCAUGCUGCAGGGGUGGCAUCUGGAGAAGCGUGUUCUUGAGUGCGGUUGGACGAGUGCCGUGGCCCAAGAGAUCUGCGACAAGUACUACGCCUGGCUCAAGGCGUGGCAUGACAACCUGCCAGCGCCACUCAAGCCCGCGAGCAUCACGCAGCCGGGCCAUAUAAUGCUGCAGUCACGCUUCACCGACACCGUGCCGGGGCUGCUGCCGCCUUCAGUGCUGUCAGAAGCCCUCAACAUCCGCGACACAGCUGCGCGCCAUCUCGAGACGCUGCUCCGGGUUUAUUUUUUGCGCCACGGAUUUGAGCACUUCGGUGGCAUGCUGACCCAUUCCUUCGUCCAGCUGGGCGCCGAACCAGACCGAACGCUGCUCACCGCCCUGCGCUCAACCCUCAUCCUGACCGCCAAGGGCCUCUACGACCAGGGACAGAUCCACCUCCUCGGGCACGCGGUGCUGCGC